CGAUUCCGAGCACAUUUGCACGGCCCUAUCCUCGCCCCGGCCUCCUUGCUCUUCUGUGCUCCCUCGGCUAGUUCGGCACUCAGCACACCCUUCGCCCGGGACCCCGUCCCAUUCGACCUAGGAGGGGCAGCGUUCGUAAUUACAACGGCCGCCCCUGCGUACACCCAGGCGUCUUCGAAAUCGGUUCAAAAGGGCGCGAGGCAAACAGUUUGCCCUGCCCUGCACAACCUCCUUCGCGAAUCAGCUCUAGCCCGGCGCCGAGAGCAACCCAUAUCAGCCACCUGACCAAGGUCCGACGGAUUUUCUUUUCUUCGACUGCCGGAAAGUACCACCCAUACACCCAAAGAUGCGCAGCGCGUUCGCCUUCCUCGCGGCCCUCCUCGCCGUUGGAGCCCCGUACGUUCUGUUGCUGUCGACGCUGGCCGUGUCCGGCGCCGAGGCGGCCGUGUCGCCGUUGCGUGCGCACCGAAAGGUCCUGCAAGCACGCCGACCCAGGCCAGAGCCGAUCACAUCCCUGGAAACGGGUCGCUAUUCGCCCGUAACGCAGCCGAACGGCAAGUUUAACGCGCUCAGCUUCAACGACAUUCAGCCUGCCGGCCUGGCGCUCGGCUUCAACCUCUCGCGCGUCGUGCAAAGUGCCAUGAAGAUGAGCCAGCACUCUUGGGAGUAUGGUACCGUUGCGCAGAUGCUACUCGAGGUGUACGACGCGCCGAGCAGCGUCUUUGGCAGCAACGCCAGCGCGUCCGCCUUUCCCUUUGGCAAGGUCCCGCGGGUGCCCAUUUCGACGUCUCCGUCGCUGACUUACGGAAAGGAACACAUCACCAUCCCCUCCUCCACCUCCACCGAGCUCAUACACGGCGACGGCAGCGCGGGCGACCCGGCGUCGCUGGGCGUUGCAGCGACCAUGAUUGGCAUCAUGGAGCCCAAGUACGCGAGUGCAGCGCAGCGCCAGCUCGACCACCUGCUGCGUGACGUCCCGCGCUGGCCCAACGGCGCCAUCAGCCACCGCGAAGAUAAAGCCGUUCUCUGGGCAGACUUCAUGGCCAUGGUCCCGCCAUUCAUCGCUUUCCAGGCCGUCGCACAGAACAACACAGAGCUCAUGCAAACCGCCGUCGAGCAGAUCGCGCUUUACCGCGAUGUCCUGCGUACGUCACCAACCAGCGCUGGCGCCGGCGCCUGGCAGCAUAUCGUCGGCCCGGAGGCGCAAUCACUGGGGAUAUGGACGACAGGCAAUGCUUGGGCCGCCGUUGGCAUGGUCCGCGUGCUUGCAACUAUGCAGAACUGGCCCGCGACGGCCGAUUGGACCGCUCAGCAGAAACAGGUCCGGCAGUACAUCUACGAGAUCCUCGACUCCGCACAGCACUUUAGCGGCCUGGGCGACAGCACCAGCAGCAUUAGUGGCAGUUCGGCCAUCGGCCUCGACGCGUCCAAUGGUCUGUUGCGCGGCUACCUCAUCGGCGGCUACAAGGGCUCGUCUGACACGUCUGCAACGUGGCCGGGCGAGAUCACCGGCACGGCAGGGCUCGUCGCGUCCAUCUACCGCAUCGCUAUCCUUGACCCGCCCGGCGCUGCAAAGUAUAUCGCUAUGGCUGACACGCUGCGCAACGCCGUCGCGGCCGCCGUUGACCCGCGCACAGGCAUCGCCAAGCCCGCCAUGUCGCCAUACGCGUGGUGGGACCCGCAGCCGGCACCCAAGGGCAGCCCCGAGGGGCAGGCGAUGGUCGCGAUGAUGGGCGCCGCAUACCGCGAAUGCAUCACCGCUUCCGUCUGCAGCAACACUGCCACGUCUACCUCCGGCUCCAGCAGCUCGUGACCACACGACCAUCUUCUGCCACAGCCAGAUUGAUGCGUCUAUCACAGGAUGCAAUAUUCCCUAAUUGCUUCAUGCUCAUACCUUUGUUAUAUUAUUCGUACACUUUCUUCAACAAUCAAUGUCCUCGUUUUCGUCAUCGUGCAAACGCGA